UACUAAUGUAAUGUUGGCACUUUGAAAUGCUUUUGGAUGUUAUUACAACUAGCCUUUUCUACACGCUCUAUGCGCGCGUGAGAACGCCCGCCCAUGCGUCGUUCAAUUUAUUUUAUCUGUCACUCGCUAGGUAAAUCGUCUAGCAAUCAUAUAAUAUCAACUCUUCAACCCUACACUGAAAAAGAAAAAUAAAGUGAAUUAGAGAUAUUAAUUAACCCUGCACCUGGAUUGUCUUUUCUUUUAGGAAAUAUAUACAUAUACUUUAUCUAUACAUAUAUAUAUAUAUAUGUGCAUAGUUUUCCCUCUUCUUUUAUGAUAUGUUUUAGUUGUUGCGCGCUCAUGAGUGUAAAUUAAUCAAAUUUGGACAACAAUCAUACUAAACAACAUGAAAGAAUUUAAAGUAGUUGUGUGUAUGUAAUUGAACUCCAAUUUAAUGUAAGAAGAACUGGAAAAAAAAAUGUCUUGCUCUCCACUGUCAAUGGAAGAAAUAAGAAAAUAGAAAGUACAUAACUUGAUUAAUUAAACAAUCUGGGCUUCAGUGAAUCAAACUCAUUGUCUGGCCCUCUCAUUGUCAAGAUUCAGUGAUUGUUCUCAAACUCUUGUUGUGGGAAUUUGUGAUAGAGAAGGAACCUGAAACAUAGGAGAAUGUGGGAGGAUAUGUAAUAACUGCCUAUGACUAUGACACUGGGUUUUCAACAAACGUGAGAAGUUUUAACUUAAAAUACCUUUUUUGACAUAUUUUUAUUUAAUUAUUGUCUAUAAGAUUAACAUCAGGGAGGAGCAAUUUAGUAAUCAAGGUAGAAGGCAGUUCCAUAAGCCUUAUUCUUUUAAUUAAUACUGGAUGCAUGAUUUUUGGGCAGUUUGCAUUUGGAACAAGACUAGAGCAAAGUUUGCAUGAACUGCUCAACUAUUUUGAGCUUGGAGAGAUGUUGCUGGGUCAUACAGAUGGUCUUUCUGAAUCUCGGUCAUCAAGGGAUCAACUACUUCCUUAUGCUGAAUCUGAGUUGGGUGAUGACGACACUGCAGAUUGUUCUGAGCCAGUACUAUACACAGCAUCCUUUGAAGAGCUUGCCAAAAAUAUCAUCAAGUAUGACACUGUUAUAUGGCUAUCAAUAUCACUGAUGCUAGUUUUAGCGUGGGGAGUUGGGAUCAUCAUGCUGUUAUAUCUACCUUUUAAGAGAUAUAUCCUCCAGAAGGACAUCUCCUCCCGAAAGCUAUAUGUUACACCUAGUGAAAUAGUCUACAAGGUGUCAAGGCCUUCUUAUGUACCCUUCUUGGGAAUCACUACAAUUGAGAGACAUGUGCCCCUUUCCCUGGUUAUUGACAUCAUUAUUGAACAAGGUUGCUUGCAGUCAAGAUAUGGAAUUCAUACCUUUCGAAUUGAAAGUAUAGCUUGUGGAAAAGCAGCAGCUGUUGAUGAACUACAGGUUCAGGGGGUUUCUAACCCUAGUGAUUUGAGGAAGGUCGUCAUAGCAGAAGCUUCAAAAGUUAUACAAGACAGUGGAAUAAGUUGGAAGCCUAAUGUGGUAACUACAGAAGCGGAGAGCAUGAGCAUGGCUCGUACUGCAUCCUUGACUGAACCACCAAUUCUGAGAUCACCAGCUAAAAGCGUAAAGAUGACAGCUUCACCACGCUAUGCUCCAAUAGAACGUAGAAGCAUACUACCUAGUGAAUUGUUGCUCAAUAGAAUUGAAGAAGUCAAUAAAUCUGUAAAGAAAAUCAAGUUUUUAAUAGAGAAGUCUCAUACUCAGCCUGAGGUCGAGCAGCUGAACUGAAGUUGGAUAUAAGUUGCAGUGGAUUGCUAUGAUAAACCACAAUCAAACAGUGGAAAGGAUCGAAAAAGAGAUAUUUCUGCACUUGUCUCUAACUAUUGAUAGAGUAGGAUUCUAAUAUACCGUAGUUUUGCCCAUAAGUAGCUGAAUGUUAGGAUUCCCUUUGUAUUAAUAGAGGUAGAAAGGCCAUAUGUUCAAUGAAGUUUGCUAUUGAGUGUGAUAUUGCUGAAAUACACAACUGUGAGUAUUUGAAUUGGGAAAAAAAAAAGAAGGAAA